UGGACCUGACUUGAUUUUUCUUAAUCCCAACGACGAUAAGAACGCAAAUAUAAACGUCAUAAUGGAGAUUGACCUGAGUAUUUCUAUACCGAAUCCAACACAAGCAGCAACUAAGUUGGGAACUGCAAUCUUCAUUGAUCCAAAGACGUUGGUCGAAUUGUCAACUGCAGAACAGGUAAAACCUCGGUUUAAAGGAUUGGGUGACUACGACUCUACAGUGUUUGCCAGCAACACAUACCCCCUUUAUCCAAACCAG